GGUAAAUAUUGCAAGGUACGCCAUUGAAAAGCUAAGCGUGUGAAUAAGCAGAAGAGAGAAUAAAGAAGAGGAGGAGGACCUACGAGGCGAUACAAAGCGAAAAAAAAGAAAAGGAGUGCCCAGGGAGACGGAGUGCCCGCAGCGCAUCGUCUGCUACCCGUGCCGCCCUGUCCUUCCCGCCGGGCACAGGGACGAUGGUGUAGUGGACGCUGCACGAACGAGUGAUGGAUCACCUCUUAUUCCUAGCACAAGAAAGGGCAGAUUCUGCACGGUUGGCAUUACAUUCUGCAGGAAGCCAGUUAACCAGCAGGCUUUCAACCCUCAAAGAUGGAGCGCGAACUGCCCUCCAGAGCUCACUUGAUGCCGUCAAGAAUCAAAGGUUCAGCGAGGAGGUGGCUGAACGGAUUCGGAGUUGGUUAGCACAACUCAAGGAGGCGCUCAGUGCUGUUAGUCCAUCCAAGAUAUAUGAUAGAGUCUUCAUAGUUUUUAUAACUGAAGUAACGCGUACACACAUAUACUUUGGAGGAGCAUGUUUCUGUUUGGGGGGUAUUUUUGGUAUACUGUUGGGGAUGAGGCUCCGCAGCAGCUUGGUGGCCCCGCAGCGCAUGAGGGCUGUGGUCAUCAACUCCUACAGAGGCAUCGAGGCCAUAGGAGUGGUGGAGGACAUUGUGGCACCCCGGAUAGUGGACCCUCACCAGGUGUUGGUGCAGGUCAAGGCUGCGGGCAUUGAUUACCUUGACAUCCGAGUGGCUCAGGGGUAUGGGCGGGUCCUGAGGCGACAGCUCAAUAAGUAUAAUCCGAAUACAGAUGGUGAAUUUCCUGCUGUGCUGGGAAGAGACUGUUCUGGUGUGGUGGUGGCGGUGGGAAGGGAUGUCUCCCGGGUGGAGCCAGGAGAGGAGGUGUGGCUUGCCGUACCAUUUUAUCACCCUGGGACUCUGAGCGAGUAUGUUGUAGUGUCAGAGGAGCUUGUAGCCCCUAAGCCUUCACAGCUGACCUUUGAGGGAGCCGCUGCCCUGCCCUACAGCAUUAUGACGGCUUGGGAUGCUCUCGUUACACAAGCAGGCCUUGGUCCUGACUCUACUGCCGGCAAAAGAGUGCUUGUCCAUGCUGGAGUGUCAGGCGUGGGAGUUGUGGCGGUGCAGCUGGUGCGUGCUUGGGGGGGCAGCGUCACCACCACGGUGUCCUCAAGGGCAGCACAGCUGGCACACAUGUUAGGGGCGGAGGACGUCAUUACUUACGACAACUCCAACUUCGACAAGGAACUAUUGUUGAGAGAAAAGUAUGAUGUCAUUCUUAACACGGUGGGUCAGGUGCUGCACGAACCCUGCCUCAAGUAUUGUCUUCCUGAUGGUAUAGUUGUUACCACGGCCUCCUCUUUGUUGGCCUCCGAUUCCUAUGGAUAUAUGAUGGGGGGACUUUAUUCUCUGUACAUGAGGGCAAGAUACUGGUUCAUCAAGGCACCUUGGCUGAGUGGUGGUCGGUGGGGGACCCUUGAGGUGAAGGGACAGGUCCUGGAGAAGGUUGUGCCUUUGGUGAACGCAGGACAGCUCCAGGCGGUGGUAGACAAGGCUUACUCUGCCCAAGAUGCUGAGGUGGCAUUUGCACAUGUUGCUAAAGGGGAGCAGAUUGGUAGAACAGUGCUCAGAUUCAGUAUUAACACUCCUAUUAGGAAUCUUGGAAUGGCCUUUUGGCAAGACCACUAGCUUCUCGCAUGGAAGGUUCCCUCUAAGCCAGGAACACUACAGUUGGAUGAGGCGAUAGACUCCUGUUUUGUGGCCAAGAUAUUCUCCUUAGACAUAGAUAGGGAGGCUUUGUGCAAUCCACACACUUCAGCCCUCCAGGUUUGAUUCUCGAAGAUUAGUUUCUGAGGGUAUUUUUGUUACUCUUCAUGUUCAGUUGCAAGUUAAUUGUGCUUGACCUCUUCUGUAACACAAGGGAUUCCAUAAAUCAACAUCAUAGGCAUUUUUAAUCAGAUUUUACAUUAAUUUAAAAUAUCUCAAAAUCCUUCUUGUCUGGUUUCUUUUUUUGUGUACAUAAUACUAGUGUUCUGGUGACAUUGUAAUUUGUUUGGUUUAUGGAAGUGUAGUAGAGUUUAUUGAGUUUAAUGCUCAUGUGGCUCUGCAGAAACACCUAUGAAUUUGUUGGUAAGCUGGGAAUUCAGCAAACAAAGAGGAUCAGUUUCAUUUGGUACAAUGCCAUAAGACAUAAAGCUGCAACCUUUAUCAGAGCUUAAUAUUUCAUUGACCAGUACUGCCACUGACAGCUUCUUCAUCAUCAACAUCAUCAUCCUAAUCAUCCACAUCAUCAUCAUCUUGAGCAGCACCAGCAUCAACUGUGUCUCUGGCUGAGGUGGGAUGGGGAGUGAAGGUUACCAUAUGACCAUUCUGAGUUGACAAAGUUUGUUCAUCCUGAUAAUGAUGCACUAAUGCUAAUACAUAGUACAUUAUAGUGCUCACAGAUCUAGUCUAUAUUGGAGAGUAUUAAAUUAGAGACACAUGAUAUUAAACAAAACUUGGAAUCUGCUGUGUAAUGUUUGUCUCAUGUCCAUGCACUGUGGUUUUAUUCAGUGUGCAUCAGUACGUCUUUGAUUACAUACAUGGCAAAGCUAAUAGAGGUGUCCAUAUCGUUACUAUACUAUUACUUGCUUAUCCUUCAGAUAUAGGGACUAAAGAUACUACUUUGUAUUUCGUUGCAUUUGUCAUACAAUGAUUAGAAGAGAUAGAGAAAAGCGAGGUUGAGGAUGGCCCUUCAAAUAUUUUUGCCUAGAAGACUUGUCAGAAUGGUUAACUAGCCUUUUUUGGCUCCCCACCCUACCUGUGUGGAAAUGGAGGUUACCAGUGAUAGUGACGGUUAUCCAUCUGACAAAGAAGAAUGUUAAGUGUAACAAAGAAUGACCAUGUGAUAAGUGUAGGGAAGGGAAAGUAAUGAUAUGCCAUAUUGUACUAUACUGUUUGAUAGUGUUAAUGUAAAUAUAUUGACAAUAACGGAGUGCUAAUUGAAGUUUAGCAAGUUGUACACAUUGUACAGUUUUUUCAGUAAAAACUGUGAUUUUC